UUUAUUCAGCUGUGUCGGAAAAAGGCAAGAAGGCAAUCGAUUUGGCGGCAGGGGAGGAGUUCUACCUGGGCACUUUUCCUGCUGCUAAGAAAUUCAGCACGACCAAAAGUAGCUCCGGUUGCGGUUAUGGGAGAAUGGAAUUGGGUUUAUAGUGUGAAAUAAAAGAACAGCUGCCAAGGAAAGUGAAGCUGUAUACUGAGCCGUCCGUGAGGAAUUAUAAUCAAAUAUUAAUGCGGAGCAUACCAUACGCUUGAACAACGUUGUAACAUCAAGCAGACUAGUAGGUGUGAGUAGAAGAAGGUGCCCAGAAUGAUGGAUUUGCGGAAAGAGCACAUCUCCCUAUCGCUGCCGCUGGGGGAUUCCGUUGGUGGCACCGGAUCGAGAAAAAGUCUGAAGAGGCAUUGGAAUCAACUGUCCCGUUUCCAGAAGAACCUGAUCUGGAUAGCACUGAUAGCCGUUGGUAUCUUUGUGUUCUUCCUAAUCCCAUACGAUGACGCUGCAAGCCGGGAGUCCCGAUUCGUCGAGCGGAUGGAACACAUUCAGAUUGCACCGUUCAAAGAUCGGCACGAAAACCUAGGCCCACUGCAUCUUGCAGCGGAAUCGGCACUUCAUGAUAAGGGGUUACUGGAACGUAGCUUCCGCUCCACGGAUGGCAGCGAAGUGAAGGAAGUCAGCUUGGUUGGGUCCAACAACGAUAUUCGCGGUCUUGGAAGAAGACGGGCUGCUGCUGCCGCUGCUCAGGAAAGUAAAAAUAUGAUGGAUGAGCCUCCGGCAAUGAAUAGCAAUGACGACGACAACAACAACAACAACAACAACAACAAUGAUAACCAACAACCGUUGGUUGAACAGAAGCUGGACGAACCGGAAGCCAACAAUGGGGAUGACGAAACGGCAACGUUGCAGGUUAUUCAGAAGGAGAUUGUGGACAAUGAAGAGAACGUGCUGGAGGAGAACCGGCGGAGUGAUAAUGCCAAAGACUUUAAGGGACCAACGAAUGACCGACAACGAGCUGUGAUAGAGGCAUUCCUGCACUCUUGGCGAGGCUACAAGGAGUUUGCCUGGGGCCAUGACAAUCUCAAACCAAUUUCGAUGAGCUAUUCCGACUGGUUCGGACUGGGGCUGACCAUCGUUGACUCACUGGACACGUUGUACAUCAUGGAUCUGCAGGAGGAGUUUGACGAGGCUCGCAGCUGGAUCGAGCAGUAUUUGCGAUUCGAUGUGAAUCGAGAUGUGAAUCUCUUCGAGGUGACCAUCCGGGUUGUGGGAGGAUUGUUGAGCACCUACCAUUUGAGUGGAGACAAGAUGUUUUUGGACAAGGCUUUGGAUUUGGGACAACGGUUGUUGCCUUGCUUUGACUCCCCGUCGGGAAUUCCGUACUCGGAUGUCAACAUUGAGACGAUGAAGGCCCAUCCGCCCAAGUGGUCACCGGACAGUUCCACUAGUGAAGUGACGACGCUGCAGUUGGAGUUCAGGGACUUGUCUAGAAGUACGAAUGAUCCAGCUUUUGAGACGGCCGCUGCCAAAGUGAACGUUAAAGUCCACGAACUGGAGAAAAACGAAGGGCUGGUUCCCAUUUUUAUCAACGCUAACACCGGCCAGUUCCGGAACUUUGCCACAAUUUCCCUUGGCGCUCGGGCGGAUUCCUACUAUGAAUAUCUCAUCAAACAAUGGAUCCAGACUGGGAAGAAAAAUGAUGACUUCAUCAUUGACGAUUACAAAACGGCCAUCCGCGGGGUGCUGCACCAGCUGGUCCGCGUCACUCCCAACGAAAAGCAUCUCUACAUCGGUGAGCUAAUCAACGGCAAAGACUUCAAGCCGAAAAUGGAUCAUCUCACGUGCUACCUGCCGGGAACGUUACUCCUGGGCUACAAAAACGGUAUGCCAAAGACGCACCUCAAGCUAGCAAACGAUCUGCUGGAAACGUGCUUCCAAACCUACAUGAAACAGCCCACCCAGCUGGCCCCGGAAAUAUCCUACUUCAACAUGAACGGCGAAUCCGAAACCGACAUCUACGUCAAAACGAACGAUGCCCACAAUUUGCUGCGGCCGGAAUUCAUCGAAAGUCUGUACUACUUCUAUGCCAUCACCGGUAACAAAACCUACCAGGACAUGGGUUGGACUAUCUUCGAGGCCUUCAACAAGUACACCAAGGUGAAGAACGGGUACACGUCGAUCGGGAACGUCAAAAAUCCACUGAACACCCGCCCGCGGGAUAUGAUGGAGAGCUUCUGGUUGGGCGAAACGCUCAAAUACUUCUAUUUGCUGUUCAGCGACGACCGGAACGAGAUCGAUUUGGACAAAUACGUGUUCAACUCGGAGGCGCACCCGUUGCCCAUUCGGGACGAGUGAGGGUUAGCUCACCGUAAGCCGCGUAGCAGUGUAGACGAUUUUAUCAGAUCCAUUCAGAAUUCCACUUCCUUUUUCCACAGAGCGAUGAUUUUACGUGAUUAGGAACCUUGCGUUCGCCAAAGCGGAGCAGUUCCACGCGAAAUAGGCAAUUGGGGCGAUUUGAGUCUUUUCGGGUUAAAAGAAACUUUGUCUGUUGUUUUCGACACAGGGGGGAAUAUGAAUCUUCCAUCGAUAUUAUAGACCAUUUUGGUUCAAGCGUCAUGUUUCAAAAGGGCGUAUUGGCACAAAACGUGUUUCGUAAACUAUUGAUAGCAUCGAAAUGGACGAAUUGUACAGAAUUGAUGUUAAAGUGCAGUGCAAUAAUGUUAAGAACGUUGCCAAUCAAUAGCAGGCAUCUAAGAUGAUUGAAUUAGUCGUUAAAAUGAAUGUUUAAAACUUAUUUUGUGAAUGGAAGGGAGAAAUUACUCUAAUGUUGGCCUAUGGAUCUAAGAUUGGGCCCAUCGCUAAAAAUCUGCUAUUUAUCAAUUUUAUCUAGAUGAACGCGUCAUUGGGACGUUACUAAUGGAUAUUUUUGGCGGCUAUUGAAAAUUAAGUCGAUUGCUGAAUUUAUGCAUGGGCCCAAAUAAGGGACAUUUAGGCCGACAUUACAUCCAUUUCCCCUCAUAUCUAAUUGUUUCAUAAUUCCGAAAAAAAAAAUAGUAUUUUAGCUGAAAUCAGCAUUUGCACGCUUGAUUUUUGAGGUACAUUUGUUUUUUCAAACAUAAUGCCAAUGAAAACAUAUACCCCCAUUUAAAAUAUGAGGCUCAAACCAAAAUGCUCUCUAAAUCUCUAAAUAGAAGAUUCAUAUCCCCUCAAAUGGUGAAAACCUAGACAAAGUUUCAAGGACCAAAUCGGAAAGGUUCGGCUCAGAUUUAAGCUUUUUCAGGCAGAUUUAGCAUGGAACUGCUCAGCGAAGAAAACAUAGCACAAAGUACACUCUCAAUAUUAAAAAAAAACACAGUUGAUAGUUAGCGAAUUGAUUGUUGUUAAAUAGUAGUUCAGCAUUCGGUUAAGUUAACCUGUAGUUGUAAACCCAAUCCACAAUUUUGUAAAGACUUCAAACUAGGUAGAUUAUAUUUAUUUCUCUCUCUUUUCUUACCAGGAAAAAAAGCAAUCCGAAGGGAAGGAACAUUGUAGAAAACACAUCUUCUAGAUGAAGAAAAGGGAAAAUUAGCAAUGAAUCUAAGAUUGGAAGGCUUAAAAACCGUGGCAGACUAUUUAGGGUUAGGAUUGAAAAUGGUGAAGAACACAGUCUAGUCUCGGAAACAUAAUAUGCGAUUCGAUAGCAGUGUAAGUUUAGCAAGUAAGGCAUGAGGAGGGAAUAUAGUUUCAAAACUGGCAUGUCCCUCGUCAAGGGACAACGUACAAGAUCGAUACAGUUAGAAUGUGUAUUACAUUGUGUAAGGUAAGGUAUUUGAUAUUAAACGAAAUUAAAUAAA